GGGGCAGGGCCAGGGAAGUUCAACAGACACUAAAGUUGUCACUGAGCUGCCCAGACAGCAAUAGCCAGAGGCCCUGGGCUGGUGCGGCAUCCAGACGGGCCUCUGUGCCCUUUCCAGACGGCCCCCUCCUCGAGGCCCAGGGACCGUCUGGCUGCUGAGCUCCCAGGAGGUCCGAGGGGUGUGACCUCCCCCCUCCGCCCAGGCCCAGCUCAGGGCUGCCUAUAAAGCUGGCCCGGCCCGGCCCUCCGCACACCGGGCUGGGACCCUCGCCGAGCCUCCUCGGGGGACGCGUGCGCUCUGACCCCCGCCCCCCCAUCCCCGGGCGGCACCAUGAGGCCCCUGUGGCUGUGCUGGGCGCUCUGGGCGCUGUCCCUGACGGGCCCCGGGGCCGCCCUGACCGGGGAGCAGGUGCGGGUCAGCCUGCUGCGGCAGCUGGGCCUGCGCGAGGCGCCCGUCCUGGACCAGCGCGACGUGGAGGGGCUGGUCACCCCGGCCCACGUGAGGGCCCAGUACGUGGCCCUGCUGCGGCGCAGCCACGGCGCCCACUCCCGCGGGAAGAGGUUCAGCCAGAGAGUCCGAGAGGUGGCGGGCAGGUUGCUGGCGGCCGAGGCCUCCACGCACGUGCUGGUGUUCGGCAUGGAGGGGCGCCUGCCCCCGAACAGCGAGCUGGUGCAGGCCGUGCUGCGCCUCUUCCAGGAGCCGGUCCCCAAGGCCGCGCUGCGCAGGCUCGAGCGGCUGUCCCCGCACGGCGCCCGCGCCCGCGUCACCGUCGAGUGGCUGCGCAUCCACGAGGACAGCUCCAACCGCACCUACUUGGUGGACUCCAGGCUGGUGUCCCUCCAGGGGAGUGGCUGGAAGGCCUUCGACGUGACCGAGGCCGUGAACUUCUGGCGCCAGCUGGGCCGGUCUGGGCAGCCGCUGCUGCUGCAGGUGUCCGUGCAGAGGGCGCACCUGGGCCCGCGGGCCUCGGGCGCCCACACGCUGCUCCGCUUCGCGUCCCAGGGCCAGGAGGGCACGGGGCAGGGCGAGCCCCAGCUGGAGCUGCACACCCUGGACCUCGGGGCCUACGGAGCUCAGGGCGACUGUGACCCCGAGGCGCCGGCGGCGGAGGGCGCCCGCUGCUGCCGCCAGGAGACCUACGUUGACCUGCGGGGCAUGCGGUGGGCCGAGAACUGGGUCCUGGAGCCCCCGGGCUUCCUGGCCUACGAGUGUGUGGGCGCGUGCCAGCAGCCCCCGGAGCCCCCGACCUUCAGGCGGCCGUUCCCGGGGCCGCGACAGUGCGUCGCCUCGGAGACGACCUCGCUGCCCCUGAUCGUGGGCGUCAAGGAGGGCGGCAGGCCCAGGCCCCAGGUGGUCAGCCUGCCCAACAUGAGGGUGGAGGAGUGCAGCUGCGCGUGGGACGGGGCGCCCGUGCCCAGGAGGCUGGGGCCUUAGGGCUGGCCGUGGCCUCCGAGGUCUCCGAUGGACGGGUGCACCGCCCGGGGCCUUGGUGCAGAUCUUCCAACUUAGCACCAUAGCCCUGGCCCCUGCGGUAACUUUCCUGCCUACGUGCCCCUCCCCCUGUCCUCCUGUCCCUCCGUCACCCCAAGCACUUACAGGAGUAACUAAUGCAGCGGGAUUGCCGAGUUCCAGAAGGAAUCCCAGACUGCUCCGUAGAGGAUGUAGCCAAGCACGGACAGAUGGUCAGCCGGGACCUUCUCUGGCAAAUUCGCAAUGAAGCUUGGGGACAACACACCCCAAUGAUGAGAAUGGGAGAAACAGACUGAUUUACUCUAUGGCAGGAGGGAUUAAAACACAACCAAAAACUUCCUGUUUCCCCAACAACCGUUUCCCCAACACGUUGACCCAUUCUCGACUUUUGUAAACGCCCUUCGGUCCCCCACUCCCUGGGAGAUGGCUGGGAGGGAGGACGAGGGGUGUCCGGCUGGGGGCAGUGGGCAGGGACCCAGGACACCUGGUUUCUGGAGCCAGCAGGGCCACACCUGUGACCUCAGGCAGAUGGGGCAGCCUUUGGGCCACCGGGUUCCUCUGAAAAAGGAGGAGGUGGGAAUCAGCUGUAAGAGUCAUUACCCUCGGGGGCAGAGAGCCCUGCCCUCACCCCCACCUCCCCGGGCCGGCUUUGCCUGUGCGAAGUUAGCUUCUUCCCCACCCCCCCCACCCCCGUUUUGGAGAAUUUACCACCAGAACCCACACGUGUUUCCUUUUUUAAAACAAAUGUAGCAAAAACAAUGGAUU